UGCUCUUAGAAUCACUGCAAGAAGGCGAGUAACGUGCGUGACUACUCAAAAGCUUGAAUUUGAAGCUUUACAAAAUUCAUGGCGACAUCACAUUGGGGCUACUAGUGGUAUUGGUAUUGAGACUGCCCGUGUACUUGCAUUACGCGGUGUCCAUGUAGUUAUGGGGGUCAGGAAUAUGGAAGCUGGUAAGGAGAUCAAGGAAACCAUAUUAAGAAAUAAUUCAACUGCAAAAAUCGACAUGAUGGAGCUGGACCUAAGCUCAAUGGAAUCUGUGAGAAAAUUCACGUCACAGUUUAACUCUCGUAGUCUUCCUUUGAAUAUACUUAUAAAUAAUGCAGGAAUCAUGGCAACACCAUUCAAGCUUUCCAAAGACAAUAUAGAAUUACAAUUUGCAACAAGCCAUAUAGGUCAUUUUCUUUUGACAAACUUACUGUUGGAAACAAUGAAACAAACUGCCAUUAAACAGAAGAAAGAAGGAAGGAUUGUAAAUGUUGCAUCAAGACGUCAUAAAUUAUCAUAUUCUGAAGGGAUUAGAUUCGAUAAGAUUAAUGAUGAAUCAGGGUAUAACAGUUUGUCUGCCUAUGGACAGUCAAAGCUUGCCAAUGUUUUGCAUGCUAAUGAACUUGCAAGAUAUCUAAAGGAGGAGGGCACAAUGAUUACUGCAAACUCACUGAACCCAGGAGCGAUUGCCACCAAUCUAUUUCGUUAUCACAGUUUAAUCGAUGGAUUUGUUGGUCUAAUUGGUAGAUACGCAAUGAAAAGUAUACAACAGGGAGCAGCAACCACAUGUUAUGUCGCAUUGCAUCCACAAGUUAAAGGGCUGAGCGGUUGCUACUUUGUGGACUGUAAUUUAGCUGAAACAAGUUCACAAGCAGGUGAUCAAGAGCUUGCAAGGAAACUAUGGGAGUAUAGCUCAAAUUUGAUUAAAACUUGAUAUUAUCACUCCUAAGUUGUAAGCACUAUUUUUUUUUUUUUGAAUCGGUAAAAUUUAUUAAAGCUUCCUCCAUAACAAGAAGUACAUGAGCAGCCAAAGCAGUACAAAAACAAAAUAAUCCACUAGCACAUCCAACAAGGACUGCUACAAAGAUCCAAAAGAAAGAAAAAACCCCACUAACAUAGGAACAACAAAAGUUGUAAGCACUAUUAUAUAGUGAUAAUUUUAAACUUAUUGUA